GAUCCGUACAGCCCCGUACAGCUCCGUACAGCUCCGUACAGCCCCGCACAGCCCCGCACAGCCCCGCACAGCUCCGUACAGCCGCCGUUCCUGCGGGCGCUGCUGGCGGGACUGCCGCCGUAACGUUACUUAAUGGAGAAGCGCGGGUUUGAACGAGUCGCCAUUAAAUUCCGCCCGCCGUCAGUCGGUGACGGGGCGUUGCGGCUCGCGGUGCCGUGAGUCCGGGCCGUGUCGCGUGACGCGGACACGCCGCCCCGUUAAUGACUGUGCCCGGAACGCUCCAUCCACGCGCGGACCGUUUCCUGCCUCCCGGCGCCACGUGACGGGCUCUGCACGGGAUCCGCCCGCCCCGCUCCGUGCCGAGCGCGCAGGGGAAGGGCCCGGCACCGCCCAACGGCCCGGAGCGCUGCGGGCCGAGGGCUCCGGAGCAACACGGGUGUCCGACACCGCCGGUCCCCGCGGACACGGGGCACACGGACACGCGAACCUCCCACGUUCCGCCCCGCCCCCCGCGGCGCCGCCUCCCAUUGGCCGAGGGGCGGGGGCGGGCGGGCCGCUUUGUGACGUCACGCUCAGCUGUCGGAAGGUCCCGAUUAGUGCGGGGCAGCGGCGGGCGCGGGGCACAACGCGGAGCGACACCGGGACGGGCCUGACGGGCCGCUCCCAACACAACUCCGCGCCCGCCGGUGCCGCAUCGCCGACAGCGACCGGUACCGAUACCGGCAGGCCUUUGCACUAAAGCCAAGUGAAGAACCUCAUAACUGCACUGCACUCCCUGUAACUCAGCAAAGACUUCAGCAAAGCACUCCUGCCACAAGGAAGGACCUGCAGCAACAGAGCUCUGUGCCCUUCCUUGUCUGCCCAUCCCCGCAUUGAGGCGGGCACUUAGCAGCCGCUUUUCUCCUGUCCCACCUGACUGCUCCCCACCAUGUUCCAGCGUCUCACCAGCCUCUUCUUCAGUGACAGCAGCGCACCAGAGGGCCUGGAGGAGCCCAAGCCCUUUGUCUCCGAGGAGGAGGAGGAGGAUGGAUGGCUCAUAAUCGAGCUUGGAGGCGGUGCUGCCUGCCCCGGUGCACAGCGGCGGGCAGGGGCCGGUGGCCACGGGUGCUCGGUGCGGCCCCAUCCGGCACCACCACCUGCCUCGCCGCCGGCCCCGGUCCCAGCUCACACCGGCAGCCCCAUGCCCACCCUGCCCAGCCCCUGCUUGAUGGACGAGAGUUGGUUUGUCACCCCUCCCCCCUGUUUUACUGCAGAGGAGCCUGGCCCCGAUGGCGUGGGCAGCAGCCCAAUGGAGGACCUGCUCAUCGAGCACCCCAGCAUGUCUGUCUACGUCACCAGCACCCUCGAGCUGGAUGCAGAGGGACCUCAGGACGAUGCUGCCAGGGAGGUGCCGGAGCCCCGUCUGGAGCGGCACGUGCCGCACCGCAGCGCGUCCCUGUCGGUGAAGGCCGCCGUCCUGGAGAAGGUCAGCCAGGCGCGGCGGGUGCAGCGGGCCAAGCAGCUGGCCGAGAAGCCGUGGCUCAGCCAGAAGGCGCUGCAGCGGCAGGACCGGGCCCGGCAACGUCCGCCCCGUCGGGCCCGGCAGCGCGCGGGGAGCUUCCUGCACCAGCCGUGCCAGCGCCACUGCAACUACUGACCUCGGCGCGGCGCCCGCCGGCGGGGCUCGUUCCCCCGCUCACAGCGGCCCCGGCGCCGCCGCCCCGCGCUCCUUCCGCCCCCCUCCCUCCCCCGGGCCGUCCCGGCGUCGCCUCGCGCGGUGCGGACGGGAGGAGCGGAGCCGCGCUGUGCGCCGUGCCGGCCGGUCACCCCGCAACACCCCGACACCCCCCGACACCCCGGAACGGCCCCUUAACGAAACCCGAGCUGAUCCCCGUUGGUUGUGUCCCGAGGAGCUGUGACAGCAGUGCCUUUCUUGAUGACAUCCCGCCCCUCCAGGUGAACUGACCGCGAUGUCACGAGUGGAUUCCACGUAGCGGGGAACGGAACGGCGACCAGAUUUGGUAUCCGAGGGGAAAAACCAACACUGUAACCAACGCUUCCUCCUCCCGGCUGCCGGCAGAGCGGACUGCGGGCAGAGCUGCUGGCACCGCUGCGGGGCCCUCGGCUGCUCCGCACCGGCAAAACCAGCGACCCCAGCAGCCCCGAUUCCUGCCCAGAUUUCUUAAUCGCGUUUUUAGCACAGUCAUAUGAACCCCCACUGCCAUUUGUACAGACCGCCGGGCGGGGCUUCGCGUUUCGUAUUUUUAAAGACAACCUUACCAGAAAUCUCAGGAAACAAAGCACUGAGCCGGGAGCCGUCGUUGCGCCGCCGGGAGCUGAGAGCUGGGCAAUGCAGCACCGCGGGGACGUCGGCGGAUCCCCGCAGCCUCCGGAGAGCGCCGCGGCCACGAGCAGCCCCGAGUCCUGCGCUGUGUCAGCCAAGGAACGGCAGCCGCCCCCAGCAGCAGAGCAGAGAACGGACCCGCGCAGCCCCCCUGGGUGGUGGAAGCACGUUGGAGCCGGUGGCAGAGAACGUGAAGGGAGAUGGAAGGAUGGAAGCCAGCGGUCGCGGCACGAGGCCGAGCAGUGGGAUGCAGGCCAGAGCUGUGCCGCACUGGGAGCCCUGUCUGACCUGCCGACGUCGCAUUGCUGAGGGCAGCCAUCUCCAGGCCUGGGCGAUGCUCAUCGAUGCUGCUGCACUGGGGCUCCUCCUGGCACCCCGUGUUGGCCUGUCAGCAUUGGGAACCCCUGGGAUGGCAGCGUGGGAACUGCCUUUAGGCAAUUGUUGUAGGCCCAGCCUCAGCCUGCUGCCCUUUUUUAAAGAGAGUAAAACGCACCCCCAGGCCCUCCUCCAUGAGCAGCCUCCCAGACCCCUGACUGCAGACCGCAGGGUUUACUGUUAGCUCUGAUGAGCGGUCCCAAAAGCACACGAAGAAUGGAAACGUGUUUCAAUUACCUUUAUUCUAAGCCACACAUUGGAGCCUUCCAGAUUCAAUUCUUCCAGGCCAGUUUCUCGUUCCAGUCCUGCUGGGCGCAGCGCUGGCUGCCAUGCUGCUGGGAUCCCAGUUCCCAUUCCUAACAGGAACCCCCAUUUCAAAUUCUCUUUUCUAAUGUCAGUAGCAGGCGGGGCUGAAGUUCUGAGGCAGAAAACAGGCAGUUGUGUUGUGCUGCUUUUCCUGCUGUUAUGGUAAGAACGGAGUUGCAGAGCUUGUUCCCAAAGCAGAGUAGGAGCGAGCCAGGGGUCAGUGCCUCAUCCUGCCCACCCUGGACACAGUCAAGAUGCACAGUUGCAUUUCUGUACCAGAGACUGAUGGAUGAUUCCUUGACUUGAGGGGAAAGUUUACAUCCUUUGGCUUCCUUGGCUUCACAUGAAAUGCCUUUUUAUUUCUGAAGUGAUCCCUGGUACAAACUGGGAGCACUGCUCUCGUAGGAAUACAGCUACGGGUGCUGCUGAGGACGACAGAGUCUUUAUUGGGCACCUUGGUGUGCUGAGGAGAGCUGGGUUUGACACCAGGUGCCACAUCCUGCAAUCCCGCUGUCUCCAGAGCUCUGGAUGAUGUCCCCAUUGGUCACCAGGCUGUUCCCCGCCCCAACAAUGCCUUCAGAGGAAGAAUUUUUUCUCUAGCCCAAAGGCACACCAAGUUAACAAUGCCAGCAAUUCUGCCUCCCAGCCAUCUUAACGUGCUGCAAGUUCUGCACAUCUGAGCAGCCACCCGUCCCAACAGCCCCUGCAAGGAGCGCCCAAAGCCAAGGCUGGGGGUGCCACCUCCACCCCUCUGCAGCUCAGAGGUGCUGAUGUGCUGAGGGCACCACGCAGCCCCUGGGCUGAAUGCUGCCGCAUGCACACUGCGUGUCUUGUGUCCGCUCAGCCACGUUGCCCCAUAGGAGACCCCUCACCGUGUCAACACUGUCCUCUGCUUCCUGCUCCUCCUGGCACUGGGGCAUCCACAGCCCCAGCUGAGCCCUCCCUGGUUCCCAUCAUCUGUUUCAAACAGCAAACACUGUUGCUCUGUCCCAUUUUGGGGAAGAGACUGCAGAGUGUUCUGUUUUCCUUGCGUCUUUCCGUGCCAGUCUGAGACAUCUGUCAUCGUGCUGCUCCCAGCCAACACAGGAAAAUAAGUGGAACUACUAUCACCCUUUUUAUCAAGAGUAUCUUUAUAAAAGGUUAAUAAAUUAUUAACAGUGUUCUAACGAAGAGGUUAAUCCAGAGUCGUAGCAUCCUGUGGGCGAGUGGAGUGCACUUACUAUGGUGAAUAGGCUCCUGGGGCUCCCCCCUCUGAUGAUUGCAUACUUGCUCACGUAUUAAUUAAUACCUAUUAAUCACCAAUUAACCCUGUUCACAGUGAGUAUGGAUUCACUUCUCGCACUUUGUGACCAACACUCCUGAUGCUGUGGCAGAGACACGUUUGAACUGUGCUUUGCAGAAGACCCACGCUGCUCCUGUCCUGUCCAGCAGUGAUCACCACAGCCGGCCUGAUACCAAAUCUCCUGCCCCACUGUAGUAAGAUCAAGGAAAACCCUUCACACUGAGGUGACGAGCCUCCUUGAAUCUUAAAACAAAUGAAAGGUGCUUAAAAACUGAGAACUUUUUGGUGUGCAGAAAUGUGCACCUGUAAAUAUUUUAACUCCUGGUUGGAUGUUCAGUCGGUUGUUUUGGGGUUUUUAGUUUUUAGCUGUUUUGCAUCCAGUCGUUCUGAUUAGUGAGUAGCUGUGCGGUGCUCCCAGUGGGAAGGGGGGGAGCACAGAGCAGGGAGAGUUGUGGCUGCGUCCUGCUCGGGCAGUGGGGCGAGUUUAUGGCUUCGUUUUGUUGUGCAGGGGGAAGCUACAGCGUGGGCAAACGGGUUGGCUGGGGCCCAUCAUGGGGUGCUCUUCUGGACACUUCCAAUUGGAUGUGGGUUCAGUCACUGCCCAUGAGGCUGUAGUUACUCACCUGCACAGAGCCUGUAGGGCGGUGUGGGGACGGGCGGGCAUGAGAGCGGCAGCCACAUCCUUGUGUUGUGAGCAUCAUCCCUGAUUCCCUUGUGUUUAUCCCCACAAUUCGCAUCGUACUGCUGGAAUGGAGCAGGCCUGUUCUGCUGUGAACAACCCAGCGCAGGCUGACACCUUGUGAAAGCCCCAAGGUUUGGGCAGCUGGUGAGGCACUGGGGAGCAGUGCUGGGGCAGGCUGACAAGGAUUGCUUCUGCCACCCCGGCAGCUCAGCACAGCCACGUCCUGCUGCCUGGUUCUGGCUCUGGCUGGCACCGGGAGCCGUGAGGUGGGGCAGAGGGCUCUGAAGAUUGCAGCCACUAAUGUGCUUUCCAAAACAAGUGCCGUGAAGGUUCGCUGUAGGAAGAAAAUGGUUCUUUCCGCAAGAGUCAGCUUUUCUAUAAUGGAGAAGGUUUCCCCCAUAGCUCAUCCCAAAGAUCACAUCCACAGGAGUACUCACUGUACCUCCAGGCGCGUUGCUAAUGAGUAGGUAAUUCUAUGUUUACAUCUUCUCCAUUCAGCCCCACUGGGCAGAAAGAGGCGCAGCCGUCCUGUUCUGCUCAGAGCAAGAAAAUGAAGAAAGCACAUUGCAGCAAGACUUGGGACACAAAUGGCACAGCUUAAUGAUUGCUCCCACAGAGGCUCAGCGUCAGCUCCAGUGCCUGGCAGCACCCAGACCUCCACAGAAUGCUCGCGGUUAGAGCAGGCCUGCAGAGGUGUGCCUGGAUUUCACUUUGGUUCCAGCUGCCGGUGGUUCAAAGUGGUGAAUAUUAUCCCAGUGUAAUCGAGGGCUCAGUCCUUGUUAUGUUAAUGUGACCACAGUGUCUUCCAUGGCCUCGUGCCACAUGUUGUCCGUGCACCAGGAGAUGGCCUUUCUGCUUCUUAGAAGAGGUCAGUCUUUAUUGAAAACUACAGCUCUGUCUUUGUAACAUGAGGCUGAACAAACCGUGCAACUCUGUGGAGCAGCAAAAUUGUCCCGUGCUGUAUUCCUUCCAUUCUUCCCUGCAGGCAGAUGAGGUGAUGGUGCCCACCCCAUCCAUUGCGCUGCACUGGGGGUGCUGCUUUUCCAGCUCAGAGUCACCAAAACGCUGUUAGAGCUGAGCGUACAAACCUGACAGCUUCAGCUCCACUGCAGCUGACAGCACAGCUCCUGCUGCUGCAUCCCAUUGCUGGUGCAGCGGGGCUGGGGUGAGCACGAGGAAAUUGUAUUCCCUUCAAAUGGGGGGGAAAGAAACCAGCACCAUAAUUCCAGCUUGCAGCUUAAAACCAGCCACGGGGAGCUCCCACUCCUCCCCUCCUCCACCUUCCCCACUCACCUUUGUUGGAAGCUGAUCGCAGGCGGGCCCAGGUCUUGCUAGAUCUUUUCUUUAGCUCUGUUUCAUCACAGUUACACUUUGGGAAGUGUAGGGGUGGUGGAACAGCGCAAGGCGUAACAAUCACAUAGUGUUUUUUUUCUUGUAUCACAAAUGUACCUGUAUGGAGCAAUGGGUCACUGCAAUACUUUAUUUAUAUGUAUCCACCCUCCAACUCGGUAUUCUGCUUGUAAGACUCACCCAAACUUACUGCACAUCGCCGUGCUGUAUGACUGUGUAUGUGCCUUCCACCCUUUGCUCACGGUCUGUCAUCUUAUUUUUCCUUAAACAACUGCAGAACUUGAAUAAAUCAGCAAACGACAGUUAAAAGUCCUAUGCAAGGGAUGACUGGGAAUUUCAUUUUCAAUACUCCUGUGUUUCUACGUUGCUUUAACAAGCAGGUGCUGGGACUUGCAGAGAAGCCUCACAGAAAGAACACCCUCAAAGCCCCAUUUCGGCUGCUGAAGCUCCUGGGCAGCUUUGAGGUGCUCAGCCCCCCCCCAGCACAGCUCCUCACCACUCCAUGUGUGGGGCUGAGCAGCCAGCGCUGCCCCGGGACAGUGCUCCACAUCCAGCUUUGCCUUCCAUGUCCUCUUCUAAAGAGAAAGCGCUGUGCGGGCUGAGCAGGAUGCCUUACGCCUGUGCUCGGAUGCUGAGCAGGUUGUGGAGCCACAGAGCCAUGUGAUGCGAUGCCCACGGCCAUGUCCUGCCGCAGGGCGACCCGCUGCCCAAUGCCUUACACUGGUGAGAUGACACCGACACCGUGAUUUUGGAGACGAGAAAAAUGAGCCCCACAUUUUCUACAUCACCUGUGCUGUAGGACUGAAAGAAAGCUUGUUCAAAACACUAAUGGAAUACGUCCUCUGUGUGCGUUAACGUGUUAAAUCGAUGUAAGCAGGGUUAGUAGGGGAAGGCUGUCUGCUUCCUGUAGGACUUUGUUUAAACGUUUGCCACGUGUCAACAGACUGAGGGACACGACUGCCUGGAAUACGUUACGUAGUGUGCCUGUGUGUGUGUAACCUGGGUUUGGUUGUUAGACUAUAAUGCCGUCUUUUGACUGAAAAAAAAACCCCGACUAAUAUAAAGAAAAACCACAAGAAAUAAAAUAUAUAUAUAUAUUUAAAGUCUA